UUGGUGUGAUGUGAUGUGUGAGCUGGCGAAGCUGGCCGAUUCAGUGUUGAACCGCGUCCGUCAUGUAAAUGCGAAUUUUCCUCCGUCGGAGUAGCACACGUCGUCCGUCGUAGUCCGUAGUCCGUACAUUGUACAGUGGAAUUUCGCGUACCUUCAGGAAUAGUGCGAUUCGGGAGGAAAACUAUUAACCUCCGCCCCUCUGCGUGGGUGCUUGCUUGGCAACCCGCUGCUCCCGGAGAAAAUUGUUACCGUAGGAAGAAGGUCGGUCGGGACGGGAAGUGAAAUUUUGCGUGAUUUCAUAUUUCUUCUCUGAUUGUCGUGGUGCUGUAGUGUGUGGGAAGAGGUGCUGUGAAAAAUAAGUGGUGACAAAGCUGCUUUUGCCCCAUCAGGAAGAGAUUCCAUAUUGUGCGUGAAAUUGGUCAGGUUCGUUCCGUCGGCGGAACGAAGCCCCUCUUGCUUCGGAGGAUAAUGGUGCAUAAAAGUAGGAAAUUAUCCGCAGUGCUAGUGAUUGCCGUCGUAAGUGGUUUCGUGUUAGUGGCUAAUGGCUUUACGCUGAAGGAAUCGUCCCCCGCUGCUCCGGGGGCCAUUAUCGAGGAGGAUGAGAGCUUCCUGCAGAAUCCUCGCUACGAGAGCAACGACGAGCUGCAGGAUUUGCUGGCACGGCUCCAGAAGGACCACCCGACCUUGGUGAAGGUGCACAGCAUUGGGUCGUCCCUGGAGAACCGCCCGCUGUUGGUCGUGGAAAUCAGACCGAAUAUCGAUCGACCGAGGCCGCUGCUGAUGCCGAUGUUCAAGUACGUGGCCAACAUGCAUGGGGACGAGACGGUCGGUCGCGAGCUGCUGAUCUACCUGGCGCAGUAUCUGGUCAACAACUACCGUCAGGAUCCGGAGGUGGGAGCGCUGGUCAACAGCACGGCCAUCUACCUGAUGCCGUCGAUGAAUCCGGACGGGUUCCAUCGGUCUAAGGAAGGAAGCUGUGAAUCGCCACCCAACUACAUGGGACGCUACAACGCGGCCGGUGUCGAUUUGAAUCGGGACUUCCCGGAUCGGUUCGACAACGAUCGGGUGCGGCAUAUACGUCGCAAUCGGCAACAGCCGGAAACGGCAGCCGUCAUGAACUGGAUCCUGAGCAAUCCGUUCGUGCUGUCGGCUAAUCUGCAUGGAGGAGCCGUGGUGGCCAGCUACCCGUACGAUAACUCGAUCUUCCACCACGAAUGUUGCGAGGACAGCCCGACACCGGACAACCACUUCUUCAAGUACGCUUCGCUGAUCUACGCCCAGAAUCAUCCGGUCAUGAAGAACGGUCACGAUUGCAACGAAACAUUCCAGGACGGGAUCACCAACGGGGCCUACUGGUACGAACUGAACGGUGGCAUGCAGGACUUCAACUACGUGUUUAGCAACUGUUUCGAAAUCACGCUGGAACUGAGCUGCUGCAAGUACCCGAAGGCAAGCGAACUGCCCAAGGAAUGGCACAAGAACAAACGCUCGCUGAUCGAGUACAUGAAGCUGACGCAUGUCGGAGUGAGGGGCCUUGUCACCGACAGCAACGGUUAUCCAAUCCAGGACGCCGAUGUCAUCGUAGAUGGAAUCAAGCAGAACAUCCGUACCACCAAACGAGGAGAAUACUGGCGUCUGCUUGUGCCAGGCAACUACAAAUUACGCGUCGAAGCUGUUGGAUUUUACCCAAGCCAGGAGGUUCCCAUUACGAUCGCCGCCGAGCAGCCGCUGCGCGUCAACUUCAGUCUCAAAUCGUACGACGCCGACGAGGGUGACGCCGCGGGUAAAGUUUCGUCGGCCAUCGCUGUCGCAGAUAAGACCAAACAUCCACGAGUGGUGCGGCAACAGCCGGACGAGUACGGAUUCCUGAUGAAGCCCAAGUUUGAACAUCACAACUUCACCGCUAUGGAGUCAAUGAUCCACGAUCUGGCUGGAAAUUACCCAUCCAUAACCCGGCUGUACUCCAUCGGCAAGAGCGUUCAACAGCGAGACCUAUGGGUAAUGGAAAUCACCCGCAAUCCAGGCAAACACAUUCCCGGAAAGCCCGAAGUCAAAUACAUUGCCAACAUGCACGGCAACGAAGUGGUUGGACGUGAAAUGCUCCUGCUGUUGGCCAAAUACCUGUGCGAGAACUACAAUCGCACCGAACGGGUCACAAAGCUGGUCAACAACACCCGGCUACACAUCUUGUUCAGCAUGAACCCGGACGGGUACGAGAUAUCCGAAAUGGAAGACAAGGACAACCUGAAGGGCCGGUCCAAUGCCAACAACGUGGACCUGAACCGGAACUUUCCGGAUCAGUUUGGGAGGAAUAACUACAACAUGAAACAGGAACCGGAGACGCAUGCUGUCAUGAACUGGUCGCUUUCGAUUCCGUUCGUGCUGUCUGCCAAUUUGCACGGUGGAGCUCUGGUGGCUAACUAUCCGUUUGAUGAUUCGCCGAAGGAUUUCGCUUAUUCGAAUGGGUAUGGUGAUCCGCGGACGGUCUACAAUCCGACUGAGGAGGACGAGAUGUUCAAGUAUCUGGCGCAUACGUAUGCUAAUGCCCACACAACGAUGCAUCUGGGAAAACCAUGCCCCACCUACAUCAAGGAAAGCUUCAAAGACGGCAUAACCAACGGCGCGGCAUGGUACUCCGUCACGGGUGGUAUGCAAGAUUGGUCCUACAUUGUUGGCGGAGCGUACGAACUCACACUGGAAGUUGGUUGCGAUAAGUUCCCCAAGGCGGAAGAACUGCCCAGCUUCUGGCAGCAGAAUCGGGAAGCUCUGUUGCGAUACGUGGAACAGGCGCAGCACGGAAUCUACGGUACGGUCAAGAGCACCAUCGGACAUCCCAUUGGCCACGCAACGAUCCAGGUGAACAACAUCCAACACGUCACGUUCAGCACCGCGGAAGGCGAUUUCUAUCGGAUCCUGCUGCCCGGUUUGUACAAUGUUACGGCCGAAGCUGCCGGUUACGAACCACAAACCGUGCAGGUCCGUAUUCCACCGGAAGCCACCUCAGCGGUUGUGGUGGAUUUCCUACUGAUGCGAGACGAUCCCCAGCAUUGGUCCUCGGCUUACGACUAUCGUACACUGGAGAAUGUGGUUCGAACGCGCUACCACAGCGAUUCCGAACUGCGCGUGAUUAUGAGUGAAUUUGAGAAUAAGAACUACAAAACUGCUUCGCUGGAAUUUGGUGACAACGAGGUGGCGAUGGCGUUCCCCUCGGUGAAGAUGACUGAUAAUAUCGGCACACCGGAGGAAACCAAGCUGCACAUUCUGGUUCUGUCCUCGCUGUUCCAAAGUACGGCCAUCGGUCGCGAAAUGGUCAUCAAUUUGGCUCGUCACGUGCUUGCGGGUUACCGCAUUCCGGAACCAUCGCUGCUAAAGCUGUUGAAAAACGUGGUACUGCACUUUGUGCCCAUCAAAAUGGAUUCGGACGAGCUGUUGGAACAGUUCCGUGCCAAUCGGAGCGUGUGCGAUCCGGUCGUUAAGGAAGAGCUGGCCGACAAGUUGCUGAGUGCCGAAACGGACCACCAGAAGGAUAUGCUGCUGCGGAUGCUGCAGGACGAGGAGUACGAUUUGGCGCUGAACUUUGCCGCUGGUGGAAAUGAUGUAUUCUACCCCAACACAGACGACAAGGUGGCCAUCUAUCCGCGGUUUGCCGAGAAAAUCAAAGGACACAAAUACACCGUGGUAACGAACGAGCAGUGUCCGGAAACAACGUCCCGACUGUACCAAGCGGACGCCAUCCAGCGCCUCACCAAUCAGCUUCACAGUCUCUAUAAGGUGCCCAUGUUCACGCUGCAGCUGGGAUGCUGCAAAAUGCCACAGGAAACGGACAUUGCCACCGUUUGGCGUCAACAUCUCGAACGGAUGACCAACUUCCUCCGGUUGAUCGACACCGGAAUCAAGGGAUACGUCCGGGACCCGGCCGGUAAUCCCCUGCGUAAAGCUAUCCUUAAAGUGCGAGGGAACAAUCUGAUUUACAAGGUCACGCCCAAUCUGGCGCAUUUCCGGGUGGUCCUGCCCUCCGGAUCGAUGGAGAUUGAGUUCAGUUGCGUCAAUUACACCUCGAUUAUUAGGCCCAUUCUGCUGAACCAGGAUCAAAUUCUGGACAUGGGCGACAUCAUUAUGCAACUCUCGGCAAGACCCAUGGGCGAAGGUAGCGUAGAACCGUUGCACCCGCAGACGGUCGUGUCCACCAGCAUGAAACCGAUACGAAACGGCAGUUUCGCUGUUUUGGAACCACGCGAAAAGAUGAGAAUUUUCCCCACCGAUGGCGGUUUAACGCAGGGUAGAAUCACCGGUUUGGUUCUGGACGAGGGUAACCACCCGCUGGCGAACUCGAAGGUCUUCAUCCGGAAUCGUGUGACGAACGCGACGACCUACACCGACUACCUGGGUAAAUUCCAGCUGGACGGAAUCCAACAGACAGAUUUCAUGGUGCACGUGGAAGUCAGCGGAUAUACGACUGGUGAUCGCUACAUCCACAUGGAGCAGGUAGCGGGUGGCGAACUGUCCGGCGUGAUAUUCCACCUGAAGCGGGACGAGCGGGUCAUGGGUAUCCCACGCUUACUGUUCGUCAUUCUGGCCGGAUGUGCCUCGGUUGCCAUAAUUGCCUGCGGCGUGAUGGUCUUCAUGUACAUUCAGUCCCGCCGGCGAAACUCCCGCUACUACUACAACUUCUCGAUGCUACCGCAGAAGGGCGGCGAGCAGACGAAGCGACUGUUCGACGACGAUGAAGACGGUGAAACGGAACUUUUCCGAGCGCCCACCAAGAAGCUCCAACCUUACUACGAUGACGAACGGGACCCGAUUACCGACACCGAAGACGACAGCGAGGAGGAAAUUGUGAUGCUCAACUCAUCAUUCCGAAACAGUUAGACCUAGGUGUCUAAUGUCUAUGCAUAAUUGCAUAGAGUUAGCGUUAUUCUCGUAAAAGAAAACUGUGUUACAUCCAAGCGCUGCCAUCAUCAGCCGAGUAACAUUCGCCUCCGGGAUAGAUGUGUAAGUUAUGUAAAAGCUAAUCUCUACCUGCAAAGCUAAAACUGCUUUUCUAAAAACGAAUAAUUUCCUUGCGACUUAGAAUCGAGAACUAAGCCUUACUUUUCCUAUAUUUUUUCGUUCCGAAAUCGAAUCAUUCCAAUCUCAAACGAUGUCAAUUAUAUCUUUUGCGCGGACAAUUUUCUUUAAAAAAAAACUAUCCAGCUUGUGCAAUCAAGAGUAACUAAAAUGCUUCCCCGUUAACGCGCAAGCACAAUGAAAUAAAACAAGAAAAUGUGAUAACUUAUAGGUACUGAUCAAGAAUCGAAUCAUUGCACAAAGGCAAUUGGAAAGCGCAUGAAAAAAAGAGUUGUCUCCCAUUAUAGGUUGAUUAGAAAUAUUGUUGUUCUACACGACGUGCUCUCCUAUAACGGUUGUUAGAAUGAGGUAGAUAUUAUUUUGAAAAGCCGGAAACUGAAAACCAAUCUCGAGAAUGAUGGUUCUGUAUGAAACGCUCUCUGCGCGGAGCGUUGAUGGUUAGUAACAACUUAACUACAAAGUACUUUUUGUAAUAAAUGUUAGUAACGACGUUA